AUGGCUUCUCUUCGCGUCUUGGCCUUGCUGUCAGUCUUUUUCAACCUCGUGCUAGCGGACUGCGAAUGCGGAUAUUCAAUAAUAACGCCUACCGACGACAAACGAUACGUUUUCACCGAUUUAUUAGAGAGCGACUUUAUUCAUCUAGAUAUCACGGAUAGGACCCAGGGUUAUGGAGAAUAUGGUUGGUCGCCGCAGGAGUUUGAUAUGUCUAGUGAGGUCGCGCGAGGGCCUUAUGGCCAAGCAUUUACACCGCAAAAUGUCAUAUCAAAUAAUAUCGCCGACGAACAAAUAUUCAGUGGGUCUGGGGUUAAGGGUGGUGAUGCUGGUCUGAAGCUUGUGGUUGGAAGUGAAAUAAAAAACGGAAUGGUUCCCUGCGCCGACGUUUCUACGACGGACGUUCAAUAUUACCACGGCACCUUCAGGGCGGGUAUCAAGGUCACCGAUAUUCCAGGAACUUGUAGUGCUUUCUUCUGGUAUAUGAAUGAUACCCAAGAAAUCGACAUAGAGUUCUUAUCAGCCGAGUUCAAUAAGAGCAAUAACACGUUCCCAGUUAAUCUCGUCUUACAAUCUCAGGAGUCUAAAGACCACGGGUUUGACGCUUCUAAGACAGGAGACUUCAAGACAAUUCACUUACCAUUCGACCCUACUACGGAUUUCCACGAGUAUAGAAUCGACUUUUUGCCGGACAGGGUGCUUUUCUACGCGGACGCCCAACUUCUCACCGAGAUGAACGGCACCGGCGUGCCGUCCACCCCCGGAAACUUACAGGUGUCGCAUUGGAGCAACGGGAAUGUGGGAUGGUCGCAGGGACCACCGAAGGCGGAUGCCACAACCACAGUCAGCUACGUAAAGGCGUACUUUAAUUCAUCCCUGAAAUCGAGACAGGACGAUUAUAUGAUACGGUGUAAAGAUCCGUCAGCCCCGACGGCAGUCUGUACGAUCCCCGAUAGAAACAUGACAUACUUCUUCGGCAACGUGGCGAACAUGACACCUAACCAAACGACUUAUCACGAGAACAACGGAAGGCGGGCGAGGCGGUGGCGACCUCUCCCAUUUGCUGCGGCUAUCGCAACUAGCACUUGGGUGGUUGGUUUAUAA